AUGACGACAUGGAAAGAUUUGGAAUGCUUGGACGAGUUCAAGGCUCUCGUCGACUCCGGUGACAAGAUCAUCGUCGACUUCAAGGCCGUCUGGUGCGGUCCUUGCAAGGCCAUCUCUCCCAUCUUUGAAAAGCUCUCCGACUCGGCCGACUUUGAGAAUAUCAAGUUCGUCACCGUCGACGUCGACGAGGCCCCCGAGAUCAGCCAGGAGGUCGGCGUCAGCGCCAUGCCCACCUUCAUCACCUUCAACGGCGGCAACAAGGUUGGCACCCUGACCGGUGCCAUCCCCGCCAAGCUCGAGGAGCUCAUCAAGUCGGUCCACGCCCUCUAA